CAAGGUGUCAUUUACAACGUCAUCGUUAGGGAUCCAUUUCUAAAUACGUCUGCAGCUUACGUCCCUGCUCACACGUACGCUUGCAGCUUUGAGGCAGGGGAGGAUAAUUGUUCUUCCCUUGGAAGAGUAUCUACCAAAGUGUUCUUCACUCUUUUUGCCCUGCUUGGUCUCUUCAUCUGUUUCUUUGGACACAGAUUCUGGAAAACAGAACUAUUCUUUAUAGGCUUUAUCUUCAUGGGAUUCUUCUUUUAUAUACUGAUUACAAGACUGACACCUAUUAAGUAUGAUGUCCGCCUGGUUCUGACAGCCGUUGCCGGAAGUGUCGGUGGGAUUUUCUUGGUCGCUGCUUGGUGGCGAUUUGGAAUCCUCGUGCUCUGCAUGCUGUGUGUUGGACUGGUGCUGGGGUUCCUUGUCUCAUCAGUGACUUUCUUCACUCCACUGGGAAACCUAAAGAUUUUCCGUGAUGACUCAGUGUUCUGGGUGACCUUCUCUUGUAUAGCUAUUCUCAUUCCAGUGGUUUUCAUGGGCUGCCUAAGAAUACUGAACAUACUGAGUUGUGGAUUCAUUGGCUCCUAUUCGGUGGUCUUGGCCGUUGACAGUUACUUGUACACAAGCCUUUCCUACAUCACUUUGAACGUACUGAAGAGAGUGCUCCACGUGGAUUUCCGCAGAGCUUUCAUAAAUGUGCCUUUUCAAACGAAUGACUUUAUUAUCCUGGCAGUAUGGGGCAUGCUGGCUGUAAGUGGAAUUACGUUACAGAUUCGAAGAGAAAGAGGGCAACUGUUUUUCCCUCCCCACCCAUACAAGUUAUGGAAGUGAGAGCGUGAGCGCAGAGUGACGAACAUCCUGGACCCCAGCUACCACAUCCCUCCGCUGAGAGAGAGGCUCUACGGCCGAUUAGCCCAGAUCAAAGAGCUCUUUCAGAAGGAACAGCCAGCCGGUGAAAGAACGCCCCUGCUUCUGUAGAUGCGGAGGGCUUGGUCAGUGCAAUCUUGAAGUACAACCCAGGUACCGCCUCAGAUUGGGUGUUGCUGCCUUGCUGCUUCAGCAGUCUCUGGGGCAAGUCUGCUAAGAAACCAGCUUCUGUGUCCGUGCUUUGUACAGUAUUGUGGUCUCCUUACUGAUACAGGGUAUACCAGGGAGAUGACAGUAAUUCUAAGUGAGAGGGAGAAAGAUGGCCAAAAAGUUGGUGGUAGGGAGGUUCUUCCUUAUUAUAAAAUACGUAAGGAGUUACCUUUUGGUUUACAAAUAUAUGUCAACUUAUUCCAUUAAAUAGAUACACUUAAAAAAAAAA